UGCCAGCCGAUACAUUUGUCGUCUGCUCUCUUCUUUAGCGCUGCAGCUGUGCCAUAGCUAUGGCUGUACGGUUCCUGCACCAAUGUGAUGUUAGGAUGAUUUGUUUUCAAUAAUUUCGAUUCGUCAUACCACGGUCAUACAUAAUUAUUAUAUCUCAGUUUGUGAAUUUUUAAAUUAAACUUACUCAUGGUGCAAGAAUAGUCAUGUCUUCAAAAAUAUUAUACACACGAAAUUUAACAAGAUUAUUAAUCAAUGGAAAAUUCCAAGUUACUUGUUAUCGCUAUUUUUCAACUGCAAGAAAAAGUAUUAUGGGAAUUCAAAGGAUGACAAUAUCUUCAUUACCAUAUUUACCCAGCUCUUCAGAAAGAAACAUUCGAAUACAAGAUAGUCAUAUUUCACAUUCCAGUGAAAAGGAAAUUGCACUGGCUCUUUCUAGACUAGAUCUUGAUUUGAACAAGCGUGGACUUUUAAACAAAGAAGAUUUAGAAUCUAUUGUAACAGAAAUCCAAAAAAACAAGACAAUUACAAGUAGCCAAGGUCUUUAUCUCAUUCGAUGCUGUGGCAACCUCCUCCCAGAAGAACUCUUGGAGGAAAGAAACAAUCUUGUCCAGAAAAUAUGGGAAUUAUUGUUGAAUUUUGAAGUCCCACUGGACAUUAACCACUUCAAUUCUUUGCUAAGGAUAUAUUUAGAAAAUGAGCAUUCAUUCAAUCCUCUGAGGUUUCUGUCAACUAUGAUUGAACGUGAAAUUCAACCCGAUCGAGUAACAUAUCAAAGACUUUUGAUUGCUUACACUCAAAAAGGAGAUCUGGAAGGAGCAAAAAAAAUUCUUAAUAUCUUGAAGCACAAAGAAUUGGUGAUAGAUUAUCGAACUUACAACGCCAUCGUGACGGGUCAUUCUAUGAUGGGAGAUUGGGAAGGUGCCAAAAGCAUAAUCAGUUCCAUGUCGGCGAAAGGCUUGACGCCCGACACGGAAACCUAUAGAGAAUUGUUAAAAGGUUACGCCAAAUUUGGAAUAUGCUUUGCUAUUUCUUCCUCCCUUGAAAAUUGGAAGAAGAUGAAUAUAUCAUUCAGUGAUGGAGAUCUCCUUGCUGCUCUGUAUAAAGCUGCUGUACACGGGCACUCUGAAGCGGUGGAUAUUCUGUUGAACCGAAUGAGAAAGGAUCGUGACUACAACCGAUCAUGUGUGAACAUUAUCUUGCAAUUAGUGACACAACGCAAAGAGAACGAAGCUUUCAAAAUCUUGCUGAGUAUGAAACCAAAAAGAACAAUCGAUGGUAAAGUGCCAGGGUCCGGCCGAUUUUUUAUCCGGCACAUAGUCAAAACGAAUUGCUCAUCAGAUAAAAUAGUGGAAUUUUGUCGUAAGUUGGUUCAAACUGAGAAGAACAGUCGCGCAUUUUUUAUAGCACUUGAAGCAGCAAACAUUUUUGAAAGGAUCGAACUUGUCGAUCCGCUCUUAAACGAGAUCAGGGAUGGCGGUAGCUUUGCAAACUCUUUAGGAGCUAUUCUGGCUUCGGGUAUGCUGAGCGGAGGAGAAAAGAAACUAAUAGAUACACUUCGUAAAAUGGCCGCCAUCCGUCUAUACCCCAACGUGCAAACGAUCAACAAACAUAUUUUGCCUCACUUGGCAGGAGAUAGUCAGACUUUGUUGCAAAAAUUGCGUUCAGCCAGGUUGUCUUUCCCAGUCAUUUCAGUUGCACUUUUGCAAAAGAGUUUGGCUUCCCUAGAUUUUAAUGAAGCCAUUCGGAUCACAUCAACAUUUUACAUCAGUAUGAACUUGAGGUUGUACGAAGAUAUCGCCACUGCCUAUGUUAAAUCUCAAAAUGCUACGGGACUUGCCAGACUGAUGAAUUCUCUACUGCCAGACGGGGAAGAAGAUGAGACGAAAAACGAAGCGAUGGAAUUAUCCAGCCAAAUAAUUGGGUCCGUUCUGAAAGAGAUUUGCGAUCAAACACCGUCCGGACAGCUGGAAGUAAUUGAGCCUCUUUUAAAAGCUCUAAAAGAUCAGGGAUUGACUAUCUCUCUGAGCGUGGCCCAAUUUGUACGUGACAAGGCAUCGGAAGGCAAGAUGACUUCGGCUGCCGUUGAUCUCUUGGCAGAGCUCACCUCGGGAAAGUUAAUUCCUGUACCGUUGAAUCCCACGCCAAGGCGCCUUCAGUUGGCGACCAUUAGCCAGGUCGAGAAAAACAUCGCCAAAUUCCGAACAUUCGCACGAGAGCGUAAAUUAGAUGAAGCAUUAGCAGUCAGAAAGGAGCUGGAUGCCCAUAAUGUUCCUUUUUCGAACGGAUUGAAUCUCUUGCUAAUCGAUUUGUACGGCCAUCAUGGACGUUUGGACGAGGCCCUCGACGUAUUCUCCCGAAUGCAUAUGAAUCCCGAUUUGAUCGUCCUGCCUUCUAAAAUCAUGAUUCUUUCUGCCCGUCUAUUGAAAGUAGGCCGCAUAGACGAUGCCAUUCGUGUCCUGGAAAAAUUGAAAAUUGAUCCACGGGUGACUGAAAAUAUAGAGUUGACGAGAUUAGUCAAUGCAAGUGCCAUACGACUGAUGGACGCCGCUGCUGAAAACGGGAAUGUCGAAACUAUACAGAAAAUAUUCGACUGUCUGGAACAAUCGAAAGCCUUGAAAAUGAGCAGAGCCUUAUUAGGUUCACUGGUCAAAGUUCAUGUCGUUCGAGAUGAUUUGGACAGCGCUCUGGAUGAGUUUGAUCGUUGGACGAAAGAGCGACGCACCACGCCCUGGAACACGCAAUUAGCCGCCAAUUUGAUUGAAAAAGACGACACGACAAGACUUGACCGACUUAUGAGAAUGAACACUGCAGUCCACGGGGAGAAGAAUAGUCUCUUUGAUCUCUCGCUGGCUUUUUUAAGCUGUCAACGAGUCAGAGAUGCAAAAAACGUCCUCGAGACUCCUGGACUGCGCAUCGUCAACAGUCGGCUGGACAAUGUCUGCGCCUUCUACGUGCGGAGGAAAAAAAUUGACGAACUCGAGAAUUUGGUGAAAAUCACCAAGAACGUUUUCAACGUGGACCGCCACAUGUUGUACAAUCAUUUAUUAGCGGCAUGCAUCAAAGUCGACGAUCCGAAAAGAGCUACCAACGUCUGGACUUUGAUGCAAGAAGAAGGCGACCUAGUUCCUGAUUCCGGCUUUUUACGCCGUUUGGGCGACUUUUUGACAACCAAAAAAAUGUUGGUCCCGUUCUCCGUUCCCCCAAGCGACCAAAUGAGUUCAUGAUGAGACUACACGAGUUACCUUGGACAUGUAGCAAAAUAAGUCGUUUGAUAUGAAAUAAAUAGUUGUUUCUACGUU